AUGAAUUUGAGAAACAUCGGCGAGUUCGUUUCAUUAAAAGACUCGGAUAGCCUUGCUAAUAGGGACUUAGUCCCUAUUUCCGUUCGUAAUAGAAGGUGGAAUCUGCUUAGUUAUUUAUCUUAUUGGUGCAUUAUAUGUCUUUGUAUGAGUACAUGGUCUGGUGCUGUUUCCUUGUACGACAAAGGUUUUUCAGGUACUGAGUCCAUUGCUAUUGUUGUUGUCGGUAAUAUAGUAAUUACGACAUUAGUUGGUUUUAAUUCUGUAUACGGGUCGGAUUAUCAUAUUGGGUUUUCAGUGUUUCAAAGAGUUGUACUCGGUAUUCGCGGGUCAUGGUUGGGAGUUUUGCUGAGGUCUAUGUUAUCUGUUGUUUGGUUUGCGAUGCAAGCGUGGUUAGGGGGGACGUGUGUGACGUUGUUUUUGUCCACCUUAAGUAGGUCGUACAUGAAUAUGAAUGCGGAUUCUACUUCCGAUUUGACAGGACAGCGUUUAAUUGGGUUUAUCGUUUUUCUCGUUAUCACGGCCCCAUUCCUACUUGUAAAGCCUGCUAACUACAGUAUUUACUUAUCGACCUCUGCAGCCUUGACACUUGCGGCAUGUAUUGGGAUCACUAUUUGGACCGUGUGUGAUAAUUCUGGUCGCGGGUCCGCUAUGACUAGUGGAAUUCCACCAGCUUCGGAAGUUGUAAAUAAGGGAUGGCUAUGGGUAUACGCGAUAAACUCUUGGUACGGAGGAUUAGUUGCUGGAGUAGCUAACCAAUCAGAUUUUUCAAGAUUUAACAGGAGACCAAGAGACUCGUAUGUUGGAACCCUCAUUGGCAUCAACAUAGUUGGUAUUAUUGUUCCUGCUCUUGCUUUAAUCGCAUACAGUGCCUUUUAUGAGAAGUACGGAAUUGCAACGCUUUACCCAACUGAAAUGGUAACUACCAUUUUGAGGAAUCAAUAUGAUAGCGGGACUAGGGCUGGGAGUGCAUUUGCUGCCCUCGCACUAAUUUAUUCACAGAUUGUCAUGUGUACGAUUUCUAAUGCGAUUCCAGGUGGGAUGGAUCUUGCGGCACUGUUUCCAAGAUUCUUAAACACUAGACGUGGUGCCGUUUUAGUUUUCAUAUUAACAUGGGUGGUGCAGCCAUGGCGCUUCUUUUAUACGGGAUCCACUUUCUUGACAGUUAUGAGUUCAUUCACCGUGUUUUUGAGUCCUUUGAUUGCCAUUUACAUCUGUGAAUACUUUGUUAUUCGCAGAAAGAUUAUAAAGUUGUCCCAUUGUUAUUUGCAUGGUCCAGAUAGCGUCUAUUGGUACACAUCUGGCUUUAAUAUCAAAGCACUAGCUUGCUUUUUGGCUGGAAGUGCCCCAGGGUUACCUGGCUUAAUAUAUGAAGCUCGUUUGUCCGAGGGUAGCACUACUGCAACUAUAAACGCUGGCAUAUAUAGGUUUUAUCAAGGCUCUUUCAUGUUUCAAUUUAUCACUACCUUUUUCCUCUACUGGGUAGCCAAUCUGAUUUUCCCAAGUGAAGUUGCUACGAGGGACAAUGUUGACUAUUAUGACACUUUUACAGAAAAUGAAUUAUCCAGGUUCGAUAUGUCCCAAAGUGAUAUUGUACCCUCGAACAGUUCCACCCCUGUUGAGGAUAAUAAAAGAUAUAAAGACUACAACGUAUCAGAGAUGGUAGCUUAG